CGCUCAUCACUCGGAGAAACCACGCUGAUCGGUCGCCGAUCUCUCGCUCCGUUUCCUCCCAACAAUGGCCGCCGCCGUCAGCAGCAUCGCCCCACAACGACUCCUUUCUCUCCCCAGACCCAAACCCAUACCCAAACCCGUAUUUUCCCCACUAAAGGGCUCCCCCAAGAUUUUUCCGAGAAACAAACAGCGGGACUGGGCCGUGGUCGGGUCGGUGACGGAGGAGCUCGACGUGAUUCCGGUGCAGAGCCGGGACUCCACGGACCAGCCCGACGGUGUGGCGAGCGGAACGGAGAGGGAAGUUGAGGGAGGAGAAUUUCAUGGGUUUGGAGGGAGUGAAGGGCGGUUGUCGUUCGAAGGGGCGGGUGAAUUUCAUGGGUUUUCAUCUUCGGCUUCUUCUUCUAUGGGGGGAGUGGAUGGGAAGGGUGAAGAGGAACAGGAGGAUGUGGACAAGUUGAUCGAUAGGGCCAUUAAUGCCACCAUUGUUCUGGCUGCUGGCUCCUUUGCCAUCACCAAGCUGCUCACCAUCGAUCACGACUACUGGCAUGGAUGGACAAUAUAUGAGAUCUUGAGAUAUGCACCUCAACAUAACUGGAGUGCUUAUGAGGCAGCUUUGAAAACAAACCCAGUUCUAGCAAAAAUGGCAAUAAGUGGAGUUGUUUACUCUUUAGGGGAUUGGAUUGCGCAGUGCGUUGAAGGAAAACCACUUUUUGAAUUUGAUAGAGUGCGGAUGCUCAGAUCAGGCCUUGUUGGCUUUACUUUGCAUGGAUCCCUUUCUCAUUAUUAUUACCAGUUCUGUGAGGAUCUUUUCCCUUUUCAAGAUUGGUGGGUUGUUCCUGCUAAAGUAGUCUUUGAUCAAACUGUAUGGGCUGCUGUUUGGAACAGCAUUUAUUAUACUGUUCUAGGAUUCUUGCGCCUUGAAUCACCACUUAGUAUUUUUAAUGAAUUGAAGGCAACUUUCUGGCCUAUGUUAACUGCUGGGUGGAAGCUUUGGCCAUUUGCUCAUCUUAUUACCUAUGGCGUGAUCCCUGUGGAACAGAGGCUGCUUUGGGUUGACUGUGUAGAGCUCAUUUGGGUGACAAUUCUUUCAACUUACUCGAACGAGAAAUCAGAAGCAAGAAUAUCCAACACAUUACCAGAAGCAAGCUCGAGCUCCUCAUCACUAGGCCCGUCUGAGGAGUAAACAUGGGAUGAGAAAAUGGAAGAAAGAGGAGUUGCUGGAUUCCUUGCUAGUGCUACAAGAAAACUAAGCCUAAACCCUAGACCUUUCCAUCGAUUGAUUGGAUGGUGGCUUGUGAAGUGUGUGGCAAUGGGGUGAUAUGGCUGGGGAAUCUGGUUCUAAUUUGUCACCCACAUCCCUGAGGAAUUGGGACGUGUAUUUUGUGAAAAACCUUAGCUUCCUCGUCUUCUAUCUGAAUGUUGUAUACAAGCUCUGUUCCGUUCUGUUUCUGGAGCUUCUAACAUGGCUGACUGGCUGGCUGGCUCUGUUUCUAUUUCGAAAUGUAAAGAAAGACACAGAGAUAAGUAAAUUCCACAACUCCUUCAAUUCUAAAGAGCUUUAUAGACUUA